AUGCAUUUAGGAGUUCAGGAUGGGCCUGAGGGAAUGGGAUUCCUCCUCCCUUUGGGCCUCCAACAGGACACUUCUUCACCACUGCCUCCAGAGAUGGCUCUGGGACAAAGAGGAGGGCUAGGAACUCCUUCGACCAUGAGAUCUCCCCAACAGCCAUGGGGGGACAAACUGAACCAAAGGACAAUGCUAUGGAAACCCUUGGGCUCGGAUGACCGUGUCUUACAGACCAAGGUCGUCGAAAACCAACCAUAUGAUGAGAGUUUAGAAAUUAAUGACUCUGAAGAGGUUGCGAGCAUUUAUACUCCGACUCCACGGCACCAAGGACUACCUCGGUCUGCACGCCUUCCUCCCAAAACCAUGGGUGACAACAGCAGUGAUGAAUACGAAGAGGAGAACAACAAGGUCCCGAGGGAGGGCAUCCCACAGCCCCCAGGCCACAGAGGCAAAGACUCGGACCCUGCCCCUCCUGCCCCUGCAAGCCCCAAGCGCCACCACGCCCCUUCCCGUGGACCUGAGAGGGUGGGAUGGUAUAUAGGGAGCCAGAAGCUCAGAAAGGAGAAGAAAAAGACAUCUCAGAUGGCCACUCAGCGUGGUUUCAGUGAGAAUGAGGAUGAAGAUGAAGAUGAUGAUUCAUCUGAGACUGACUCUGAUGAAGAUGAUGAUGAUGAAGAACAUGGUGCCCCUUUGGAAGGUGCCUAUGACCCUGCAGAUUAUGAACAUUUACCAGUCUCUGCUGAAAUAAAAGAGCUCUUCCAGUAUAUCACUAGGUACACACCACAGCUGAUUGAUCUGGACCACAAACUGAAACCUUUCAUUCCAGACUUCAUCCCAGCUGUUGGGGAUAUUGAUGCCUUCUUAAAGGUCCCACGUCCUGAUGGGAAGCCUGACAACCUUGGCUUAUUGGUAUUGGAUGAACCAUCAACAAAGCAGUCUGAUCCCACAGUACUUUCCCUUUGGUUGACAGAAAAUUCCAAGCAGCACAACAUCACACAACAGAUGAAGGUGAAGAGCCUGGAAGAUGCAGAAAAGAAUCCCAAAGCCAUUGACACAUGGAUAGAGAGCAUCUCUGAGCUCCACCGUUCCAAACCCCCAGCCACUGUUCACUAUACCAGGCCCAUGCCAGACAUUGACACUCUGAUGCAAGAGUGGUCCCCAGAAUUUGAGGAACUUUUAGGCAAGGUGAGCCUGCCCACAGCUGACAUUGAUUGCAGCCUGGCAGAAUACAUUGACAUGAUCUGUGCUAUCCUGGACAUUCCUAUCUACAAGAGCCGGAUUCAGUCCCUUCACCUGCUAUUUUCCCUCUACUCUGAGUUCAAGAACUCCCAGCAUUUCAAAGCCUUGGCUGAAGGAAAGAAAGCAGCCACUCCUCCAUCUAAUCCCACUUCCCAGGCUGGAGAUGCAGAGACAUUAACCUUCAGCUGAGCCCCACAAGUCUCUCUGUCUCAAACCUCACACCUGGAUCCUUCAUCCCCCCCAACUGAGAAGGGGAAGUUGAUCUCAGCCAAGCUCGAAUCUUUGCCAUGGGCCAUACUUCUGCUCACAGAGAGAUUGUUCUCUUCUUAUUGCCCUCUAGCAACCCAGAGAGAGGUCAGAGAGCACUGCAGACACUUGUUAAAAAGUGCUUAUCUAUCUUAGCCUUUGUUUUGACCCUGUCUCAGAUCCCUUCCCUCAGAACAUGGGUAUUCAUAGCACACUUUAUAGGGGUUUGAGUUAGAAGAGUAUUCCAGGUGUCCUGGAAUUUCAGAAACAUGAGGGAGUAUAGUUUGUGGGGAGAUGGGAAAACCUAAUAGCUGUCUUGUUUGGAAUAGAAAGGAAUUAUUCUCUUUUUACUUAUGGAGU